AGUGGAUAUCUUUUUAGAAAAACACCGGCCACCCCGAUAUCCACGUGACCCUUCACCCUAGAUGGCACCUUGUGUCCGCGCAUGACAAGGCAGACCAACGUGGGCACUGUCCAUUCGACCGGCAUCUCGUAUCGCUGUAAUGUCCGUAUGUUACUGGACCUAAGUCGUCUCCACUCCCUUUUGUGCUUGGUUCUACACCAUGUGUUCGUAUGGCUGCAGGUCUUUAAUGUAUAAUAAACAGUUUUGAAUCGCCCUACGAGUCGCCUUGUCCUUUAGUUUGUUCUGUGCCAAACCCACCACAGAAACUUGGUAGCACGAGUGGGGUCAGGAAGUGAGACAACACUGUUCGAUCAGAAGUCGUCUCAGAAUCUGCUUCCUGACAACCGAAACUAAGAAAGUGACAACCAGACGUAGAUGUCAACAAGUAACAGUUAGUUUUUUCUCGUUUCUGUACUUUCGAAUAUUUUCUAUUUUUUGUUUUCUUCUUUUUGUUUCAGGGUAGUUAGAUUUAGUUUAGUUUAUUUUAAUAUAAUUUGCUUAUAUUUUCUUAAUUGUGAUUUUACUUCGCUUGAACAUUGUUUCUGUUGAGAUAGAUUUCGUUAUUAGGUUACUAUUAUUGUUAGAGUUUCUUAAGACCUGCAGCCAGAUGGAGGGAAGUAUGGUGGAACCUAGUUCAUUGAAGGGGAGAGACGUGGGUCCCAUGUGCAGUGGAGGAGAGCCGGAGGGAAUGGAACGUGUCACUAAGGGGAUGUUGACUCGACUACAAGCUGAACUUGAGGCAUUGAAGCUGGCCUGUCAGCGCCCUCACUACAUUAUAGAACCUGCUAGAAAAAUUAGACAUUUCAGUGGGGAUGGCAGAAAUGAGGAAGUUUCAAUUGAAGAUUUCGUCAGAGAAAUAAGAGAUCUAUGGGAACUUCGGCCUUACCUCUCGCCUCAAGAGAAGACAGCAACCAUCAUUGCGAAUAUAAGUGGUCCAGCAAGAGUAGAGGUAGAUCUUCAGCCACCUCCUAUCAGAAGUGAUCCAGAAGCUCUGCUUGAUGCACUUACAUCUGCUUUUGAAGUAAUUAUACCGGUGCGAGAGGCAGAGAUUGCAUUUCUGAUGUCGCAGCAGAGAAAAAGUGAGUCGCUGCUUGAAUUUUCUCACCGACUAUUUAAGGAGUUUACAACGGCCAUCAGACAAGAACAAAGAGAAGGCUUAGAUUGCUUCAAGGAGGAAAGAUUGAGGGACCAAUAUGCCUAUGGAAUCAGUGAUCCUGACCUACGUAGAGAGCUGUUUAAGUUCAUGACGCAACAUCCCCAGACAAGCUUUCAAACGCUACGAAACUAUGCGUUCAAGUUGGAGAACCAGAACAAAGAUGCAGUUCGAGCCCAAGAACAUUGGCCUGAAGUUCUCUUAGCACAGUUCGCCAAACUAGAGAAGCAACUUGAAGAGAUAAAGGGGUCCGGGUAUAACAGUCGGCCAAGUUCAAGGAACCCACUCUCUAGUCAACAGCAUAGUCAACGCAGACCAACACAAAGACACAUGGAACAUAGCCAUCAAAACAGAAGUCGACCAACAGCACCACCGGGUCUUUUGUGGACGAGGACCAAGAGAGGAUUCUUCCCAUACACUGAUGAUGGAUCACCAGUCUGCACCCAGUGCUGGGAAGUUGGACAUGUAAGGCGUCACUGUCAGCAAUCACCACAACUCACAGCUGAGGUUCAAUCUGUGUGCAAUAGUGAACCCAUUGUUUCACAGCCAACCCACCAAGUAGAACAACGAACCAAUGAGCCACAAGCUGAUGCAAUGUACAAUACAGAUGCAAGUCACUCAAUUCUAACAUCGAGAAAUAGAAACUUUAACACUGGGCAGCCAAACAAGAACAGGCAUAACAGAGUCCGGAGGCCAGAUAGACAAAGAAGAAACUACAGGCAUUUUAACCAGCCACAAAGACGAUUUCACUCACUGCUCCCUAUCACACUUUCUACAGCUUCCCAGUCAUUAUGUUUAGAGAAAGACAGACCACUCUGUAUGACCGAUGGAACCAGCACGUUACAAACUGGAAAGAUGCUUGUCGUUCCAGAAGACACUGACAAGAAACAGUUGUUUCAGUUUUCAGAAACCUACUAGGCUGAACGCCCCGGGACGGGUCGUUUCAAGCUAGGGGCUCUGUAGUGGAGUGGAUAUCUUUUUAGAAAAACACCGGCCACCCCGAUAUCCACGUGACCCUUCACCCUAGAUGGCACCUUGUGUCCGCGCAUGACAAGGCAGACCAACGUGGGCACUGUCCAUUCGACCGGCAUCUCGUAUCGCUGUAAUGUCCGUAUGUUACUGGACCUAAGUCGUCUCCACUCCCUUUUGUGCUUGGUUCUACACCAUGUGUUCGUAUGGCUGCAGGUAAUCACAUUUUACUUAUUCAUAUUAGCUUGUAAAUUUAAUUACCGGUAGUAGUUUAUGUAGAAUAUCACUACCGCGGUUUUUGUUCAUGUUGGACUAUUCUUAUUUUUAGAAGCCAGCAUGUAGAUGAAUUCAUUUAUUGAAAUGCGUACCUGUAGUAUUCUAUAUAGAAUGUGAACUGUCCAUUUUGUAAAUGUAUUUUUACAACAAGUGUUUAGAUACUGGCUUUUAAGAAACAUUGUAUUUGUGAGUGUAUAGAUUUGUUCUAUUUAAUUGUUGUAGUUUUUUGUAAGGAAAGUAAAGAGCGAAACUCUUCAAACAAUGUAUAUUAGUUUUAUGUAGAACAACUAGUUGAUUUAUUUUCAGAGAACUACAUUGUCUUUUAUUUUUAUAAUGUUUCGGGUGUUCCAUAUCUCUCUUGUGUUUGUAUAAGAGAGGUUGGUUUACACUAUAUGAUUUUCUUUUCGUUUUUUGUUAAGAUUUAGUAUUUAGACUUUGAUGUUGUGUGAACAACUUGGUCUAACCAUUUAGGCUUAUUAAUUAUGUUUAGUUUAUGUUUAGUUUAUGUUUAUUUGUAAUUAUGUUUUAUGUUUGCC